AUGAUGUGGCCCCAGCGAGCCGCCGGCGCGUGCGUGCGGGCGGCUCGCCGGCGCCGGCCCCGGUGCUGCGCGGAGCACUCCAAGGGCUCGCGGGGCGCGGGGCACGGGGCGGGCGCGCGGGCGCGGGCACUGGCUGUGUGUGAUCUCGGGACUCGUGGCGAGGUGCCGGAGCUAGCGCUACAGCGUGGCGACAGGCAUCGUGUGCAAGCGAACAAACCAAACACUACUUCAUCGACAGCAUUACAAAACUUUACAUCGGCUCUCUCCAGAUCUAGUCUCGUUAGAAGGAUUAAAAAGCUCAAUGGUGUCUCGAGUGUAUUUUACGAAAAAAGGCAUGUAGUAGUGCGUCGGUCGACCGCGCGCCUGUCUCUCGUGUACGGGGAGAGGGGCGCGGCCGCCGGGAGCUAA